AGAAGGAUGAUCGAAGCCCUUGCUUUGGUGUGCUCCUUGCACGUUGAGAUAUUGUCUGAUAAUGAUCGUAGUCAUCAUUUGGGUUCGGUUGACGAUUUGGUUGAAGAAAAACUGAGAAAUAUUGAUGUAAUGAAAGAAUUAGAGGAAGACACCCCAAAACGGCACUGUACUGCUUCUACUUCUGGGCAGUACUACUCUCCCUCAUCAUCAUCAUCUGAAGAAACAAAAAGGAUCAGCAACGACAUCAUGAUCUUCAAAAGUGGCAUCCCAAAACGACGCCGUACUGCUUCUACACACUCAUCAUCAUCAUCAUCAUCAUCAUCAUCACCAUCAGAAAGAAAAAGGAGCAACGACAUCAUGAUCUUAGAAAGCGGCAUCCCGAAACGACGCCGUACUGCUUCUACUCACUCAACAUCAUCAUCAUCAUCAUCUGAAGAAAGAAAAAGGGGCAAAGACGACACCGGCAUCCCGAAACGACGCCGUACUAGUGAUGAUCAUCAUGAUGAUGAUGUAGUACUACGAGUAGUGCCUGAAGAAACGAAGGUGACAAGAAGAAAUAAGUCGAAUAAUAAAAGAAAGAGGAUCAGGGAUGAUAGUGAUACGAGUAAUACAAGUAAAGGAGGUGUAAUUCAUGGACCAAACCCUCCUCCGCCUAUUUCUGAGGAGCUGGCCCAAGUCAUUCGUAGUAUGACUACUGCUGAUCAUCCCAACGUCAAAUUGGUUAUUCAGAGAAAACUUUUCCAAACUGAUACUCUCUCACGACAAAAUCGUCUUCAAAUGCCACGUAAUCAGAUCAGUUCCGAUGACUUUCUCAACGACGACGAGAAUAAGAAAUUGGACCAAAAUGAGGGAAUUCAAGUUAGGUUCAUUCAACCCAACCUUGAAGAAGAAAAUGGCCUAGUUUUCAAGAGGUGGAAAUACAAGAACGUCAACUGUGCGGGUUACGUGUUCAACAAAAAUUGGCACAAAGGUGUUGUUCAGAAAAAUGGACUCGAGUGUGGGCAACUUGUUCAGGUCUGGUUUUUUAGGGACAAGGAUGGAAACCCUUGUUUUGCCAUGGUCAAUCUCGGCUGA